AUGAGGAUUACGGAUGUGGACAGAGUACCGCGGGUGAAAAUUACGGAUGUGGACAGCAUACCGCGGAGAAAUACGGAUGUGGCCGCGUACCGCGGAGAACUUCGAAUGUCGACUGCGUUCCGCGGAGGAAUAAGGAUGUUGCCACGUACCACGGAGGACUAUGGAUGUGGACAGCUGAUGGACAUGUUUAAUAAGCACCCGGGAAUUCCAGGUUUAUUUGUCGCCGCUCUGUCAUGCGCUGCGUUAAGUACACUGUCGUCAUUUGUAAGCAGCCUCUCAGCAAUUGUGUACGAGGACAUUAUUAAAGUAAACAAACCUAAUAUUGGAGACAGGACAGCGGCUAAACUGUCACGUUUUCUGACGUUUGCGUUCGGAGCAGUGGCCUUAGGCACGACGUUUCUGAUUUCUGUGUUACCGGGAACAGUUAUCUCCCUUUUCCAGAGCCUGAUGGGAUGUCUAGACGGGCCGACUUGUGCAAUAUUUAUUCUGGCAGUUGGAUUUAAGCGAGCAACCACGAAAGGCAUACUGGUCGGCACAUUUUGUGGAAUCGCUCUUACGUUCUGGAUUAAUUUAGGAAAGCUCUUCGGUGAUUUACCUCCGAACCCCACCCUCCCCGCCGGGCCCACACACAACUGUGACUUAUACUUCACAAGUAAUCAAACAACAUUAGAGUACUCGAACUUCGAGACAACGAGCAGCCCAGUUGUUAAUGCUACAACUACAGUUGUCGUUGAGAGCGAACUUACAGUUUUGGAACAAAUCUACAAUAUAUCUUACAUGCUUAUAUCUCUGGUUGGGUUUACGGUCACAAUUAUUGUGGGAAUCAUUGUCAGUUUGCUGACCACACCUCCAGAAAAGGUAGACGAGAGAUGUAUAUUUUCAUUCCGUAAACAUAUCGUUGAAGAAUUGUUUGGUAAGGACGCUACAGCACCAAGUGAUCUCACUGAUGAAGAGAUGAAAUUCCUACGUAGACCCACACCAUGA